UUCUGAUAAUUUCAGGUCACCUCAUUAUGACAAUCGAGCCAAUCCCCCCGGUACCACCAACUGUUGCCCGCCUCACCGAGGCCGCAGAGGCAGCCUUUAUAACCGAACAAAACAGAGCAGCCGGCCAACUCUACCCCAAGGAUGGAUUUAUUGCACAGCCAUUAGGGACUGGAGUGGUUGCUAUCACAAAGGCAUCAUUUUUAUCGAAAUUAAACCACGUCGCCGGGUUUGCAAUGGACGGCCCAGUCACGGAUCAAGAUAUCGACACUAUCGAAGGCCUGUUCCAGGGAAUCAAUCUACCCCCGUAUAUCGACCUGUGUCCCUUUUCGCAUCCCACUGCACGGCAUUUAUUCAAUGAAAGGGGAUACACACUCGAUAGUAAGAUAAGCGUCUACACUCUACCGCUGCAUGACUACGAGAACAACAAUACCACGACCACCACCGAAAUAACCCGCGUCUCAGAUACCGAAAAGGAUCUGUUCACUGACUACUCCAUCUCCGGCGCCAAAUCCCUCGGCCGUCCGGUUGAGCUGCUGGAAACACUAGCUAAAUCCGCCACCCUCCGGUCCGAUACGCGUCUAUACUUAGCGAAGAUCGACGGGCAGAUUUCAGGGAGUGCCGGGCUGGCGUUUCUUACUACACCGUUUGGCCAGGUUGCGGAACUUUAUAUCGAUAGUACGGUUCCUGAAUUCCGGGGUCGCGGGGUGCAGACUGCCUUGUUGAGGGCGCGGUUGGCGGAUGCGAAGGCGGCAGGAGUUGAGAGGGCCGUUAUGUAUGCGAGACCUGGGGAGGCGAGUGCAAGGAAUGCGGAGCGUGUGGGAUUUCAAUUGGCAUAUGUUAAGGAUAGACUUACGAAGGUUUAGUUGAUAUGUUGAUUUAAAACGUGGUCCUAACGGUAAGUGGCAUGAAAUCGGGGCUAUCUUAUCAGAUAUACAGUAUAAAAUAUUAUCAAGGACUGCAAGUGAUAGUUACAUGAUACAACAUGAAGGCUUCUCCUUCUGCUGUUGUUGGAUGUGAAUCCAUUCAGAACCUGCAUGCAUGAUCCCCAGAAGCUCCUUCGCAUAGGCAGC